AUAUAGCCUUGGUGUGUGCUGCUUGCUCGUUAUAUGUGUGUGGGUUGGGUUUUUGUGUUUAUAUUUAUUAUGUUUUUUUGGUUGAACUGUAAUAUGCUCAUUGGAUGACUCAAUGCACGGAAUGAGAAGGGUAAAAAACAGUAGGUACCCUCUUCACUCUUGCAAUUGUUGCACACUCGCCACAUAAACAUCAUCAACCCAACAGUCUUCAGAGUCAUUUAUGAAGUCAUAGGAUGGUGUUUUUAACAAGCCCAGCUUGGAUACGUGCUGCAAAACCAGACAAGUUCUGGCGCCGGCGCCGGACAUUUCGCCUAUCUGCUCAUUACUUUGGCAGGGCUCGGAACUGCUAUAAGACAGCCAUCAUCAGGGUGGAAAAGGCUCUGAGCUAUGCACUCGUGGGGCGACAGCAGAAGAAAAAGGACAUGGUUCAGCUGUGGGAGCAGAGACUGGAGGCCGGCUGUGCCGAGCACGGCACCUCGCUGCCCGUGCUGCGCCAGGGCCUGAUGCGCUGUAACGUGCUGCUCAAUCGGAAAACGCUAGCCGACCUGGCUAUCUGGGAACCACGCACGUUCAAGUCGAUCGUCAACCUAUGCAAGGCUAAGGUGGCCGAAGACCGCCCACCCGGGCUUGCCGAAAUACCCGAGAAACCGGACCAUGUGAUCACCCGAGGCAUGCUGUAAAGUGAACUCCAUUGUAGACUGUGAGCAUUUUCUAUUUUGUUUUGAUUAUUCGUGGCUUAGGUCGGUUGCCGAUAUGAUGUGAGGUGUGAAGCGUUUUCGAAGUGUUUAGUGCAUCGCGUUACACGUAUUUGCCGUGGUCGUCGAUGUAUCGAAGACAGAGCGUUUUUGAGCGUUGAACAUUAUGGAAUAAAUGCUGAAUGUUGAUUGUCAGAAA